GCUGGCGCGACGGACCUAGCGGCGGAAGUGCGGCGUUCUUCGCAGGCCGUCUGGGCCGAGGGCGUCGACCACGGCGACGAGCGCGACGCCAACCGGCUCUGGAACGACGAGCGCCGCCGCGUCAUGCUCGUCGACUUCGACCGCGCCACCAUUCUUCCAACGCUCAAACACAAGCAGCUUUUCAAGGUAUCCAGGAAGAAGAGGAAACGGCAGGGAGACGAUUUCGAGAAUUACAAC